AUGGAAGAUGAGAACUCCCAAAUUUUGUUCCUUGUUACAUUAAUUCUGUUAGGGGGCGUUUGGUUGGUGGGUAUCAUUCUUACCCCCAAACUCCUCUUCAACUCAUCUUCCUUGACCAACAUUGACCAACUUAUACACCACACCACCACCCAUCUCCAACACUACAACCACCCCGAAAUCAACCAACCACAACCACAAGCAACCACCCUAAAAACAACCACCACCCACAAUCGCCCCGAAACCAGCCACCACCACCCACAACCUCCCCGAAACCAACCACCACCACCCGCAACCACCCCGAAACCAACCACCACCACCCGCAACAACCCCGAAACAAACCACCACCACCCGUCAUCAAAACCAAAGGGAGGAGAGAAAAGGAGAGAGAACGUGGCGGUGGGCGGAGGGAGAAGGAGAAAUAAGGGUCGCGAUAGGAGGGAGAUGGAGAGUGAAGGACGGCGGGAGGAGGAAGAAACGACGGCGACAGAAGGAUGGAGAAACCGCAGAGGCUGGAGGAGGGAGAAACGACGUCGGCGCAAAGAGGGAGAAACGGCAGAGGUUGGAGGAGGGAUAAACGACACCUGCGGGAGGAGGGAGAAAUAG